AUGAAGACCGGUCUUGUAAUCAUAAACUGCAUAAUCCUCGCGGUUGGAAACUGUGGAGGCCCUCUAAUGACGCGUCUCUACUUCAAAAACGGUGGCAGCAAAAUCUGGUUCUCUAGCUUCCUACUAAACUCAGGUUUCCCCAUCAUCCUCCUCCCUCUCAUCAUCUCCUUCCUCCACCGCCGUAAAAAAGAAUCAAAGACUCCGUUUGUGCUCAUGAAGCCUCCUCUCUUCUCGGCCUCUGUUGUCGUUGGUCUGCUCACUGGCUUAAACAACUACCUCUACGCUUACGGGCUAGCUUACAUCCCUGUUUCAACUUCUUCUCUGAUCAUCUCCUCUCAGUUAGCCUUCACUGCUCUCUUCACCUUUUUCAUGGUGAAGCAAAAGUUCACACCUUUUACUAUAAACGCCAUCGUUUUGCUUACUCUCGGUGCCGUGAUCCUUGCCUUUCACACCGACGGUGACAAGCUUGCCAAAGAGACAAAAAAGGAGUAUGUUGUUGGGUUCGUCAUGACUCUUGGUGCAGCUAUUCUCUACGCGUUUAUAUUGCCGCUUGUGGAGCUCAUUUACAAGAAAGUUCGUCAAAGAAUCACCUACACGCUCGUGCUUGAGAUGCAGAUGGUCUUGUGCUUUUCCGCCUCUUUCUUCUGCCUCGUUGGGAUACUAGCUGAUGGCGGUUUCAAGGAGAUUGGAAAAGAAGCAAGAGAGUUUAAACAUGGAGGGUCUACUUAUUACUGUGUGGUUGUAGUGUUCACUGCCAUAGUCUGGCAAGGCUUUUUCUUGGGAACUAUAGGGUUGAUCUUCUGUACCUCGUCUCUGGUCUCUGGAAUUAUGAUGACUGCUCUGCUUCCGUUGACGGAGGUCUUGGCCGUCCUUUUCUACAAGGAGAAGUUUCAGGCGGAGAAAGGUAUCUCUUUGUUUCUCUCCCUUUGGGGAUUCCUCUCUUACUUCUAUGGACAGUUUAAGUCCGAGAAGAAGACUCAGACAAAGGAUCAGGAUCAGGAUCAAGAGACACAACUGUCUCAGCUUCCAGUUACUGAUUCUGCUGCUUAAAAGCACAUCACAAUGUUACACUUAAGUUUCUAAUAGUUAUGUCACUUAUGUGUUCUCCUUUUCCUAAUGAAUUGUGUUUAAG